UCGCUUGCGUACCUCGGUCUCUAGAACGCUUAGAUCAUCCUGUCGCGUUCUAAUGCCGAGAUGGUGCGGCACUGUGCGGUAGAGGACUGCGGCAACCUCCUGAUUCGGUGCGGAAAACCUAUUCACCAGUUCCCAAAGGACGAACAACUUCGUGCGCUUUGGAUCCGGCUCGCACGACCGUCCUCCCCGGCGUGGCUUCCAACUACGAGUGAUCGCUUGUGUUCCUAUCACUUUCGUGAUGAGGACUACGUGCGAAGCCCCAGGGUGAUGGAGUCCUUGGGCUUCCCGGUGAGGAACGUACAACUCAAACCAGGAGUUUUGCCCCGUUUAUUUUCAAAGAAGCGGAGAUCUGGCGAGCGCAGCGAACCCCUUGACAAGCGACGCAGAGUGGUACGUUUGGUGCGUUGGUUUCCAUUCUGCGUCCACCUGUGGCCUCCCCCACCUCUCUGAUAUGGACUGACGACGCCCGCACCCAGACAGCAGCCUUGAGAGCAAUGACUGCUGCUAGACAUCCUGUGUUUUCAGCAUCGUCACGUUACGAGACACGGUCCGUGAUGACGCAGACAACAGGCUUCGGCAGAAACGCAGGUACACAAGCAUGUAUACCAUCGAGGAACAAGAAAGUGCAGACGGAGCUUUCUGGAAUUAUGCCGCAGACCUCUUCCUCGUCAAACUGUGGUGAUCCAGAACAGAGUUCUGAUUCAGAAGACCUGGGUGUAUCAGGGAAGCAGCCACUGGAAAGAGAUGACCCUACGUAUUGUCCACCAGAGGACAGCUCUGUUAGGCUUGAGAGGGAAACACCAUCUUUGGUAAAGGAGAGGAAAUUCAUUGUAUUCGAGUCUUGCCUUGACCUUCUCCUGGGGAAGUGCCAAGUAUGUGCUGCUCCCCUGAUCCACGUGGACAAGAGUGUCGUUGGCUGCAGCCUGCAAGUCUACUCAAUUUGUCGGAGUGGACACGUGAAUGACUGGUGCAGCCAGUCCAUCAUCAAGCGGAAGCCGGUGGGGAGUAUCCUAAUGGCUGCGGCAAUCCUGUUCAGUGGCAGCUGCGUAAAGAAGACACUCAGAACACUCACCAGCAUGGGGAUUGUCUGUUUCUCCUAUGGCACCUUCUUCAACAUCCAGAAGGCCUUUCUCCUGCCCUCAAUCGAAAAGGUCUGGAACAAGCAUCAGAACGAGUUGUUCGCAGCUGCUGCAGGCAGGCACCUCACCAUCGCCGCUGACGGGAGAGCAGACUCACCUGGCCACUCGGCCAAGUAUGGCUCCUACACGAUGCUUGAUGCCGAUGACAACAAGGUCAUUCACGUUGAAACCGUCCAGUCCAAUGAAACUGGGGGCAGCUAG